AUGAGGCCGAAAACCGUUCGUUCAGUUUAUGGUACUCCAGCUGUGAUUAUUAUCCCAAUUACUAAAGCAGCAUUCUAUACAGUUCUUGAAGCAAUCUCUGCUAUAGUAGGUGUUAGUGAAUAUUUUCAAGAUAUAAAGAUUAUCUGUCAAAAUCAUGUUAUGAAAGGAAAUUCUAGAGCUUCUGAAGGGCAUCCUUGGAGGAAUUGGAAGAUUAAAUUAGUGGCAGUAGACAAUCAUCGAGAAAAUAAGGGUAAAUUAAAUCAUUUAUUGGAUCAUGUUGAAUAUAUAUUACAUCCAACAUUUGAUAACCCAAGAAGAGUGUUUGUAAAGGAACCUUAUUUAUUACAAGAGAAAGGAUGGGGUGAAUUUGAUAUGCGAGUUAUUCUUUAUUUUAAAAAUCAUGUCACAGAGCCUGAAAAUAUCUUUUUUGAUUUACAUUUUCGCGAACAUACUUAUACCAUUAUGCAUAGAAUAUUUUUUAAUAAUCCCUCAACUGACUUAAUUCAGCUCUUAAAUUCUGUAUCAAUAAAUAUAAAUAAUAACGACUCUUCUUUAUCUCCAUCUUCUUAUAACGAAUAUCAUAAAAAGCGACGUACAAGUCCAUUAAUCACAAAUAAUUCAAAAAAAGUGAGAACACCGCCUUCUCCUGCUCAAUUUAGUGAUGGUUCAUUAACUCCUUCUUCUUAUAACACUAUGAAGUAUCCAACGUCUCCUUCAACAAAUAUGGUACUUAAUGGGAAUGAAGUAACGACUGAGGAUUUAUUAAAUCGAACGAGUAGACAAAAGAGAACAAAUCAAUAUCAUCAAGAGGGUAUCAUUAUUGAUGAUGUAUAUGAUGAAAAGGAUCUAGAGAAUGUGAAUCCAAUACAUAAUAAAUUUGUAGAUAAAAAUAUACGAUUAGCUUGGGGAUUACCACAGGGCUUUGAUAUUCUGGAAUUAGCUAGAAGAUUAAGUUCAAGGACAAUGGAUCAGACUGAAGAAAUUGAAUCCAUUAUUAAAAGUCAUAAAAAAGAGGAUAUGUUAGUGGAAGAAAAUGACGAUGAAUUUGUAGUCGAUUUAUAUUCUUUAGGGCCAGAUUUACUUAAUUUAUUAUGGGAUUAUACAGAAAAGAGAACAAACCCACAUAAUCCCUCUAUAUUAUCACCCUUUUCACUUGUACAAGCAAAUACCAAUAUAAGUGAAGAUGAUUGA